UGUUUUUGUUAUUGUCGAAAAAAAAUUUCAGUUUUCCGAUUUUCGAUUUAUUACUAAUUUUUAUUAAUAUUUGGGACAAAAAAAUUGUUUCUCUUAAUAAAAGGAAACGGACUUGAACAAGCAAUAAGAAUUUAAAAGAAAUAAGAAGAAUAUUUUAUUUACAUUACAGUCUAGUGUGUUCCCAUGCCUUAUUAGAGCAUUAUAAAAGUUAUCUUUAAAUCGACCGUAUAAUUACAGAUAUUACCGUAACUUCAUCAUGUCGAAUAAUAUAUAUCGUGUAACUUGUGCUUUGAUACGCCAAGCACAAAGCUUUUCUUCGGUUAGGUUUUACAGCAGGUGGAUGCAUAGAGAUCCGGCUAAGGUUAUCUUACCCUUUGAAUCAGAAGCAACAGGCCUAAAGAAAGAAAAGGUUAUAGACCUACAACCUGAAAUACUGAAAAAAGUCAAAAAUGAGCCAUCUACUUCAAAACAAAAGCCUUCAAAAGAUUCCAAAUCAGUAAGCACAUUUGUGAAUGAGGAAAAAUCACACGAAAUAAAAGAAAAGAGGGAAAGCAGUUUAAAAAAGAGGAAAUUUUAUUUGAGCCAAAAGAAAGUGUUUGAUGAUAAUGGUGAAAUUAUUUAUGAAAAGCUUAAAGAAAAUGAUGGUAGGAUAAGCUCCCUCCUUGUUAAACUGAAGUCUAAAAAAGAAAGGCUGAAAACAGAGCAGAUGUUAGUAGAAGGGUGGCGAUUGAUAGUGGAUGGCUUGGAAGCAAAAUGCCACUUGAAAUAUGUGAUAUUCAGCCGAGUGGAAGAUUUGGCACACAUUACACCACACCUCCCACGGACAGGGGUCCAACUUUUUAAGAUUCCAUACAAAGAAAUAGCAAUGUGGUCAGAUGUGGAAACGCCAUCUGGAGUUUUUGGUGUAUUUGAAAUGCCCACGGCCAACAACAUCAAGAGCCAGUCAAGGCCUCUACCUCUGCAGUUUAUUUGUGACAAUGUACGCACACCUGGUAACCUUGGUGCUAUACUGAGGGCCGCUGUAGGGGUUGGAUGUGAAAAAGUUCUUCUCACAAAAGGGUGCGUUGACCUCUGGGACCCGAAAGUCAUAAGGAGUGCAUCAGGUGCACAUUUUAGGCAACCAAUAUACCCUUCGGUGGACUGGGAAGACAUGCCCCAGUUGUUGGAGCCAAACACCACACUGUUCAUUGCAGAUAGCAAUGCCAAAGCAUUUGGAAAUGAAAAGACAGAGGAGGACAAAAUGUUGGACGAGCUUGUACCAGUCGUGCCAUACUACAGUGUUGAUUUUGGAAAUAUUGAGCAUGUCACACUUGUGAUAGGUGGCGAGACUGAAGGGAUUAGUGAAGACAGUUACAAGUUUGCAGCAAACAGAAAUGGCCUCCGUUUGCAUAUUCCACUACAAAGAGGAGUCGACAGUCUAAACACAGGGAUGGCGGCGGCAGUUAUAGCUUUCGAAGUAAGGAAACAAUUCAUACAAGCAUGGACGAAGGCGAAACUAGAACCACAAGAAAUGAAAGUAUCAUAAGUCAAUCAUUGUAUUGUUUAUUAUGAUAAAUCGUCUAAUCUAAAACUGAGCGCCCUUCCACUGUUCCACAUUUUCAAUUCUAUAAAAUUAUAUACUUACUAAAGUAUUUGUAUCUGCUGCAGUGUUACCAAAUUCCUCCUAAACGGUUUGACAAAUCUCCAAGAAAUCAUUGGGUAUAUUCAGAAGGUCUGAGAACAGGUCGUAAACUAUUUUACAUGCUACCCUCAUCCCAAAUUUUUAAAUUACGAUUUUAGUAUUUUUAUUAAAUAGAAAUAUAUAUGGCAGAGCAUUUAUGCCCGAGUCCACUCAGUAUUACCUACUUAAUAAAAUAAAAUAGAACAUGCCGUCGGGUCCCGGUCAUUAUCUUUAAAUAAUAACCUGAUAAAGACCGGACGCUCAGAGAUUGCGUUUCCUACAGGUUGUGAUCGAAUGGGCGAUGUAAUUUUGAACUGUCGUACGAUUUACGGCAAAAUUUUAAAUAUCUUUUAUUAGCCUUACUGACGAGUAAUAACAUGAAAAAUUUAAUAAUUAUGCCAACUUACAGAAACGUAUUAAUUUAGGGAUAAAAUUAUUACCAAUAAAUUAAUUAGCAAUUAUAAAAACAUUUUUUUUUUAAGUUUAACCACGUCAUUUAUGUCAACUGUUUGUUUUUAUAGUGAUGAGACAUACAAUGAGAGACAGUUGAGACAGAGAUAGUGAUGUCAGAAACGCAAUCUCUGAGCGGACGGACUUUAGUGGUUGUUAAUGAUUUUAACAUUCAAAGCAGUGUGGUGGGUCUAAACUCCAUAUCCCAUCUCCGUUAAAAUAGUAUGAUAAUGAUGGAUUACGAGUAUGUACAGUAAAAGUGCGAACUCUGAAAUUCGGGUCAAAGAGCUUCCAAUAGAGUUUAUAUGUAAUGCGUCUAUUUACCUAAUUUCCAUAAUGGGGAUAAAACAUAGUGGAAGGGAGUUCUUUUUAUGUUAGAUCUGUAAAUUAGUGGUAUAAGUUGUAGUUUAUAGAAAAAUUACAAUAAAAAUUUAGAUGAA